AUGGACCGCGUGAACAGGCACGUCAGGCACAAGUUCAAGGGACGGUUCGCUGUCGAUCUCAGUCUGUGCUUCCUGGAGUUCGACCGGGGGGACCUGGAGAAGUACCGGCAGUUCCUGCAGUCGGAAUACGAGCUCGGGAACCGUCGGAGCACGUCGACCACCUCGCCCUUGGCGGACUUCAGCCAGCUCGUCCGGGACCGGCGGUGCCGCGAGGUCUGCCGCGCCAAGGUCCGCCGGCCCGACGACAUCGAACGACGGCUCGACGACCUCGUCGUGAGCACGAACGUGGCUUGCGCAGCGGACGACCUCCCAGUGCUCGUCGAUGACGUCGUGAAGCACGAGAUCGAGAAGCUCAAGAGCAACCAUCUCGAGUGCGUCCAAGAUUGGUCCCCGAAUAUCGCGGACAUGUACUCUCGCGACCCGGGGCCGGACAAGUGCGGCGUGCCCCCGUAUCAUGGGAUGCGGGGCUCGGGCUUCAACGAGUCGCUGCACCAUCGGCUCAACAGCGCCUUCAAAGCUUCACACCACAACAGCAUGAUCCUCACGCACGCGAAGGUCCUGACCAACCUCGUGCUCUGGGGGAUCGAGGUCCACGGCCGGCACACCGAGGCGAAGCCGCUGUUGACGACGGACCUCACGACCGUGCACGACGUCAACUUCCUCGAGAGCUGCAUCUACGGCGAAGUCCCGUUCCCCAGCGCUCCUUGCGCGGACCCAAACGUGCCGCGCGGGAAGCACGGCUUCGGCAGCAAUUGGGAGGUGCUCUCGGCCGUCAAGGCGAGCGACAAUCGCGAUGUGGUUGAGGACGGCCUCACCUCUUUUCAGGUGCUCUGCCAGCAGGAGGCAACCGCGAUCAUGGAGGACGUCGAGCAAGGCACCGCACGGCACACCGCGAUGUCCCUCUCUGUCUCGCACGUCACGGACCCCGAGCCGAGCAUGGAGCACAGCGGAGUGGGCUUCUACGACCCGGCGUAUAGGCCGGUCCGCAACAAGUUCAAGCAGGACAUGUCGGAGGCCGCUCGUGCGUACCAGGACCAGACGGGCCCGGUGGACGGAACCACCUGUGUGGCCGGCCGCCUGAAGUGUCCGGUGCUGGGCUGCACGACGGACCACGCGGGCAGCAAGCGGCCCCGCUCGCCGUGCACACCGUCCAACAACGAUGGCGGUGCGGCCGCGAAGCGACGAGCCGGGCCGCCUCUGCGCACUUCCCUCCGCAUCAAGGGCAAGCCCCAACCCAAGGCCCUCGUCGGUCGACCGAAGAAGAAUGCUCCCGAGAAGACGGGCCUCGGCAGCAAGAAGGCCCAGGAGGCGCGCGCAGGGCACAGCAUGAGUCGUCGCACGAUGUUCCCCUCUGCCGACUCGUGGCUGAGGGACAUCAUGGCCGGCGGCGCGGGAAUGCCGCCGGGCUCGUCGCGGUUCAAGGCCCUCGCGAAGAUGCCGUACGUGUGGCGACAGUUCUACGACCCGCGCACCGACGAUAAAACGAAGUAUCUGGAAGCUGCGCUGGCACGGCGCUGCCUGCAAAAGCACCGAGGUGACGUUGUCAAGGCGUUGCAAGAGUACAACGGGAGUGUGCUCCUCGCCUGGGAGAAGGGCGACGGCGGCGGCGGUCUCAUGCUGAAGUUUCUUGGAGACUUGACCAAGUUCAAGAAGAAAUGGCUGAACAAGACGGCGCGCUCCGACGGUGAAAAUCGCGCACAACAGCUCCUGGAGGAUCUGGAGCGCCGGCUGGGCAUGAGCGCCCUGCGGGGCGAGGAGUCCAAGUCGCUGCCCGGGCGCGGCAUCGGCGACGCGAUCGGGCCGCACGAGGCGCUCGUGCACCCCACUGGCGUCCCGCUGGAUGCGUUGUGGUACCACGGCGUCAUGCAGGACGACAUCGUCGCGGCCAUCACCAAGGCACCACAGGUAAUGGUCAAGAAAGGAAACAACUGCAUGUGGUGCAAGCAGCCGAAACGCGGGGUGGACCAUACAGCAUGCCUCAGCGACAUGGCAUUGGGGCACGAGGACAUCAUAAACAAGACCGGCAACGCGCGCGAGACCGCGAUCAAGGCUCUGAAGCUUCGGAUCGUGCAAUGCAUGAGGCGCGUCCAGGGAGCCCGGGAGCAGCAGCAAGCCGCGGCCGAGCGGCUUGAGCGGCACCCCACAGCGAACCCGUCAGCGCACGCUCGCGACCUCGCUGGCGGGCCACCGGAGGUCUGCGUGAAGCAGGAGAUGUGA